UUGUUUCAGAGUUCCGCAUCGAGAUGUUUGUGCUGCGCACUCUGUUGCUGCUGGCAGUGAGCUUCACCGUGUCUCUGGCCCAGCGUCGUCUGGCCCUGCCCGAUCCGAGGAGUUGUGCCAAUCGUGUGCGCCAUGCCUCCUACCGCGAUGCUCGCGGAGUGUCCCAUUCUUACUUCUUCAGCUGGGAGCAUGCCCCGACACGUAGCCUGGAGGUCGACUGGUUGGAUGCCCGUAACAUUUGUCGCCGCCAUUGCAUGGACGCCGUUUCGCUGGAGACUCCGCAGGAGAAUGAUUUCGUUAAGCAACGCAUUGCUCGCGGCAAUGUGAGAUACAUCUGGACAUCGGGACGUAAAUGCAAUUUCGCCGGCUGCGACAGACCCGAUCUCCAGCCCCCCAAUGAGAACGGCUGGUUCUGGUCCGGAUCGGGUGGCAAAAUUGGUCCCACCUCGCAACGCAAUACCGGUGACUGGUCCUCGACCGGUGGCUACAAUCAACCUCAGCCCGAUAACCGUGAGGCAGCCCAGGGCAACGAUGAGAGUUGCUUGUCCAUUCUCAAUAACUUCUACAACGACGGCAUUAAAUGGCACGACGUGGCCUGUCACCACAUCAAGCCCUUCGUCUGCGAGGACUCCGACGAGCUGUUGAACUUUGUCCGUUCCCGGAAUCCAAAUGUGCGCUUGUAAUAAAUACCUAAUAAUUAAAACCCAUCUUAUCAUAAUAUUUAUGUAGCCCUAAACAAAACAAAAAAAAAAGAAUAAGGAGAACAAUCAAUGCGGAUGUGUCAAUUCUGUUAACAACAAAUUUUCGUGCUUUUGUU